AUGGAGGUGGUCCUGUUCCACGGGCUGCUGCUCUUCCUCCCCUUGGCAGCCCUGCUGCUUUACCGGUACAAUGCCACCUUCCACUACUUCUGCAAGAUGGCCUUCUUCAACUGCUGGAUUGUGGCCAUGGCCACCCUCCUGUCCCCCUUUGCGGCUUUUCGGGGACGCUCCGUGGAGAACAUGAGGCUCCUGCGUGCUGCGAUCCUGCCCCUCAAGCGCUUCUAUGGCAUCAAGAUGCAGGUGUGGGGCUCUGAGCAUCUGAACAUCAAGGAGCCCUAUGUGAUAGUUUGCAACCAUCAAGCUUCCCUUGACCUCAUGGGCAUGGUGGAGGUCAUUCCUGACCGCUGUGUGCCCAUCGCCAAAAAGGAGCUCAUGUACAUGGGCACCGUGGGGUGGGCCUGCUGGCUCAGUGGCAUCAUCUUCAUCGACCGCCAAAAAAGAGAAGAUGCAAUCCAUGUCAUCUCGCGGACGGCCAGGACCAUGCGGCGUGAAAAUCUCCGAGUGUUGAUUUUCCCUGAAGGCACCAGGAACCAGGACAAAUCCAUGCUGCCCUUCAAGCGUGGGGCUUUCCACUUGGCCGUGCAGGCUCAGGUUCCCAUUUUCCCCAUGGUGAUCUCCCCGUACUGGGACUUCUUCAGCUCCAAGGAUAAGAAAUUCACCUCUGGGACAUGCACCAUCCGAAUCCUCCCCAAGGUAGAAACCCAGGGCCUGAGCCCAAAGGAUGUCCCCGAACUGACAGAGACUGUCCGCCAGGCCAUGGCUGAUGCCCUCGCUGAUAUGUCUGCGAAUCACUGUGUGGACCAGCGCGCUGAGCAGCCUCCGCUCCCGCGCGGCGCUGCGGCUGGUGCUGGCAGGGGGACGGGCAGCCCACAGUGCGAGGAGGACACAACCGGGACCAGCAAUUAG